AUGUCCAAACCUACCAUCGCCACUCUCUCGGCAGAAUCGAUGUCCGAUGAAAUGGACUUGGACUUGGCCGAUAUCGCUGCCAUAUUUGAGUAUGCUACCUCCCGCUUAUCGGCAAUUCAGACUGAGCUAGAGAGUACCCGGCACACCUUGCCAAUAAAGACCCACCGGAUCAUAGGCCAGUACCUGAACUGGGAAGGAGAGUCCUUUACAUUGCCUUGGAUGUCCUUCUGUGCCGGGCUCUCAAUUAGCCCGCCGCUGUCUCGGAACCUCUGGUUCUUUGUCGGUGUGCUAUCUAUGAAGCAGGCCGGCCUGGUCACCAAUUUUGAGGAGAUCUACAAUGCCUUAAUGACCUUGCCGGCAGCGCCGGCUGGACCAUGGCAAAAGGGCCGCCUCGCCAGGACUUAUUGGACACCCUGGUGGAUGAACACAGCCAACAUCAUAGCUGACGACAACUUUCUCCACACAUACCCAAACUGUGUGCAGGUUCAGCAAAUCAUCGCCGAGCAUUUCAAGCAAUUGCCUGAGGGGAAAGUUCUAAUUACCCCAGCCACAUUGACCAUCCCAAUGUGCACGCCGGUUGCCGAGCAACUGUCCAAUAUCCACGCCAAGGUGCUUCACAAAGGCCAACUGAUCGUGAAAAUGCUGGAAGAUAAGGUGGUCGAGGCCAAAAUGGUGGCGGCCACAAUGCUUCGGAUGGACACCGCACUGGGGCAGGACAUAGUUAAGGCCAUCGCUGCCACCAAAAAAUUGACAAAGUAUUUGAAAAGGAAGGCGGCGCAAUGA